UUGUGUGUGACUGACGUUCUCGAUUCAUCAUUCACCAACCUUACAGGGUCAGCAAGGAUAUAUAAGCUGGUGCACACCUGCUCUACAGUAACGACUCCAGACCUCCACCAGCUAACCUCAGCCUGUUACCAAAGUUCAGGUGCCUUGUUUGACUCCACAGUAUGCUGCCUGGGAGAGAGGCUGAUGUCCAGCACUGCGUCCUGACGAGCCGCUGGCUGCCCGCAGCGUUGGUGCUGUUCCUCUUCCUCUCCUCCAGUUUCAGCAGUGCUCACAGCACCACAGUGGAGCACGACUUCCACAUCGUUCACAAUGUGGACAACAGAAGUCCAGAGAUAGACCCAUUCUGGUACGUGGGGCGUGGGGUGAGACCCAUCGGGCGCUUUGGGAAGAGGCACAGCAGUGUGGGUGCUCUGGGAAACGGGGAGAUGCACCCUGUCGUCCGGACACUGGAGCUGCUCCUCAACAGCCUCAAAAACAAGCAGAAACUCGAGAAAGUGUUGAAUGGAGAGGACAGGGAUUGGUUACCGUGACGACGUGUCCUCCAUCUGUAGCACAUAACUGUUUUUCCCCUGUAAUGUCUGUUCUGACGCCUUUGUUGUAUCUGUAAAUAAAAUGUAUUCUAUAUUGAUUAAAAAAUAAGGAUGUGGUGGUAAUAU